AUGCAGCCUAGGCGAUCUUGUUGCACUGCCUUGCGUUGCCGUUCUGUCCGCCACAACAUGUUGAUGAAGCAGUUCCGGUCAUCAACCACUUUUGCAGUUCUUGUGGUCUGUGUGGCAGUCUUCACUGAUAUCUUUCUCUAUGGGCUAGUCGUACCCAUGCUUCCCUUUGCCCUCGCCGAGCGUGUGGGCCUCACUGAUGCCGAUAUUCAGCGUUGGAAUUCCAUUUUACUUGCCAGCUACGGGGCGUCCAUCAUGCUGGGGUCAUUGCUUUUUGGAUGGAUGGGCGACCGAACCCGCACGAAGCAGCUACCAUUUUUGCUCGGGGUCGGGGUUAUGGGGGGUGCGACACUGCUCUUCUCACUUACCAGAUCAUUGGCCGUGAUCCUUCUCGCUCGAAUCCUGCAGGGCUUUGGGGAGCAACACAUUGGACGUGCCAUCGGCUUUACGAGCAUGAGCCUCAGCGUUGGUUUGUUCGCAGGGCCCAUCGUGGGUAGUUUCCUGUACGACCUGGCUGGAUACUUCGCUGUCUUUGUCCCAGCCUUUGUGCUUGUCGUACUGGAGUUUGUCCUUCGGGUGCUUCUCAUCACGCCGUCGCUGAAAACUGAUAUCAAGCGAAACCUCACCGAGGAGGAGGGACGUUCAUUGAUGACAGAUGCUGCGGGAACUCCCACCACAGUGUCGCCAAGAAAGCCUGCACUUUUAUACUUGCUAUGCAUGCCUAGGUUCAUUAUCGCGAUGACGGGAAUGUUCAUGCUGAACUCGUUCAUGACUGCCUUGGAGGCUGUGCUACCUGUGUAUCUUCCUCAAGUUUUCCCUUACCGGUCGACGGAGAUCGCCAUUGUAUUUCUGUCUGAUACACUGCCCAUGAUUUGCUCUCCGCUGGGCGGAGCUGUGGUAGAUCGCAUGGGUCCGUUCUGGCCGGCGGUCCUGGGCUUUACCUUGAUUACCCCUAGCAUGAUGUUACUGUCGCUGGUCCGUGAGCCGGAAAUGAUCAUGUCUGUGCUGCUUCGGCUGUUCUUGUUCCUGUUCGGCUGUGGGGUAUCUCUUGCCAUGCCUGCCAUGAUGACAGAAAUUACACUAGCCAAAGACGACAUGGAGGAUGGAUAUCCGGGAAUCUUUGGAGAUGAAGGCGCCUCUUCACAGGCUUACGGUCUGAGUAAUGCUGCCUUUGCUGCAGGGACACUAGUUGGGCCUUUGUAUGCUGGAUAUAUUCGAGAGGGUGCGAGUUGGAGUGCAAUGGUUAUUUCCUUGGGAGCCUUCAGUGCCUUGAUGGUAAUCUUCGUUGUUGCAUUUACUCCGCUGAAAGGUCGGGUGUUACACGGGAGCCGGGUGCCUGAUUCAACAAGGCAAUGA